CACCCCGGGUCCCCUUGUGUUCCUGUCCCCAGCGCACCCUCUCAAGCCGUCCCCACGCCAUGUGCGCCGCUCCGCUGUUGGCGGCCGCGCAGGCGGCUGCGGCCCCGCGCUCGGUGCACGCGUUCUCCGCGCGCCCGCUGGCCGGCGGGGAGCCCGUGAGCCUGGGCACCCUGCGGGGCAAGGUGCUGCUCAUCGAGAACGUGGCCUCGCUCUGAGGCACGACCGUCCGCGACUACACCCAGAUGAACGAGCUGCAGCGGCGCCUCGGGCCGCGGGGCCUGGUCGUGCUCGGCUUUCCGUGCAACCAGUUCGGGCAUCAGGAGAACGGCAAGAACGAGGAGAUCCUGAACUCCCUCAAGUACGUCAGGCCUGGCGGCGGGUUCGAGCCCAACUUCACGCUCUUCGAGAAGUGCGAGGUGAACGGCGCGCAGGCGCACCCCCUCUUCGUCUUCCUGCGCCAGGCGCUGCCCGCACCCAGUGACGACCCCGCUGCGCUCAUGACAGACCCCAAGUUCAUCAUCUGGUCCCCCGUGUGCCGCAACGACGUGUCCUGGAACUUCGAGAAGUUCCUGGUGGGCCCUGACGGCGUGCCCGUGCGCAGGUACAGCCGCCGCUUUCCCACCAUUGACAUCGAGCCCGACAUAGAAGCCCUGCUGGCCAAGGCGCCCAGCAGCGCCUAGGGCGCCCCCACGCCCCCACCGGCCCUCUGGGGGGUUAUCCAUGAAGGUGUUGCCUCUAAACCACACGGAGGAAUGCCCGAUGUCCAGCGGAAUCCCCCAGAUGGGCCCCGGUCCUGUCCGCCCCAGCCUCCCCCUCCCACGCCAUGGCUUUGCCCAAUAAACUGUCCGGUGUCAGCAGAA